AUGUCGUUCAAUUACACAACGGUGAAGAGUUGUAAGAAAUACUUGAGGGUGAGGUACGUAGAUCCUACUUGCCGGUGGAUGGCGCGUGCAUGUACUAUUGGAGAAUCGGGUUGGUUUCAUAUCCACAAGUACAUGGGAGAGCAUACUUGUGGCAUUGAUCAUGUCACGGGAAAGCACAAGAAUGUCAUCGUGGAGGUCAUUGCCUCACUUAUUUUGAACUUUUUCAUCGACAACAAAGGUCCAAGCCCGAAAGAGAUAGAGAGGAUCCUUAAGGCCUUUGUCAUCGACGAACCAGAGUUGUGCGUUAUCUUCGAUAGACACGUAAGCAUAGCCAACGGCCUCGCAAGGCAUUAUUCUCUUACACAUUACGGUGUUUGUAUGAGGCAUCUCGGUGAAAAUCUUCGCAUAAAUCACCAUUGUUUCGAUUCUCUCUAUUUGUACUACCAUGCGACCAAGGCGUACACGUUGAAAGAAUUUAAUGACUACUUCAACGCCCUUAAAGAAAGAUGCCCUAGCCCAACAGCUUGCCUUGAGCAUGAAGUUGGAUUUGAAAAGUGGAGCCGAGCUCACUUUCCAAGUAAUCGAUUCAAUGUCAUGACCUCAAACAUUGCCGAGUCGCUCAACUCAAUGUUUCACGACGAAAGAGAGUAUCCAGUGGCGGCCAUCUUCAAUUCAAUUGCACAUAGGUUUGAAGAAAUAUUUAGGAAGAUGUAUGCAGAGGUGGACAAUUCAAAGACAACAUUCGUUCCCGUAGCCGAGAUGAUCUUGAGGAAAAACAUGAUCGAGGGCGACAAAUUAUAUAUGAACAACAUAAACGGAAGCACCGACGAAUUCACCGUGCUUGGUUACGAUCAUUCCGCCAAAGUUAAUAUUUUGAGACGGUUAUGUUCUUGCAGAAAGUACGACUUAGUGAAAUUGCUAUGCGCUCAUGCAAUGGCAGCGUUGCGUUUGAAGCACAGGGACAAAUACGGCACUAGCGUUUAUAACUACUUUUUGCAAAUGUAUUUGAAAGAAUCAUAUCUCCUUGCAUACUUGGAAGCUAUUUGUGCAGCAUCACUAGAGUCGAAGUGGAGUGUAGUGCGAGAAUAUCUAGAAAUGCAAGUUCUUCUACCCGAUUUUGAUCCCAAACUCAGAAGGAGAAAGGUGAAACGCAUUAAGGGUGUGUUGGAGCUUUCAAGGUACAAGAAAAGAAACAAAUUCUCCAAGUGCAAAAGGCCGGGACAUAAGAGAACAACAUGUAGCCUUAAUGUAGGAUAA